AUGGAGCCCGCGUCCCAGUUUAGAACGGUCCAAAACAGACCUGAGACAGCGGGAGGCCAUCAGUGGAGAGUCUCUCUGUGGGGUCGCCCAGUGGGAGAGGCCAGAGGACAGGGGGGGGGGGCAUAUGGAGAACAGCGCCCGGGUGCCCCUGACCAGCUGUGCUCCCCUCCACAUCUCGGUGUAGGGUUGGCAAAUGGCACUGGCUCUGAAGGGAAAGGGCCCGUGCACACGAUCCAUCACCAGUGCCAGGCCUCAGUCCACAUGAGCCCACAUCCAAAGUCUUUCUGUGGGGCUGGAGGGGACAGAGGAGGCUUUGGAUGUCUGCGGACAAUGGGACAAUAG